AUGCCGGGCUCGUGUCAAGAACUCCGAGACGCGGUGGCUCAAUGCCUCCAGAAUUCGGACUGUGUCAUGGUCCACCGCAACAAGCCGGGGGACUGUUUGAGAUCACCGAACUUCGAGACUCUCUCUGAGCAAUGUCAGCAGCUGGGCAAGGCGUUCAACCAGUGCAAGCGCAACCAGAUCGAUAUGACCAAGCGAUUCCGUGGAAAUACACCCAUUGCCGCAGCAAAGGAGAAGGAAGCUCGGAAUUCUGGCUCGUCCGAUCAGCUAUAUGCUGGUCGUCCAGCCUAUACGACUGUCAAGGAGCUCAGCGGAGAUGAAGUACAAAUGGAUCCAGAGAAGACCCGUGGGCUGUAA